GCCCCGCCCACUGGAGACUUUCUCUAGCUUGAGGCGGUGGCGGCGCAGUCCUUGAGUCUGAGUGCUCUGAUGUGAUUUGCCGCAGUUCCUCAUCGGAACGGUGCAAACUUGAGGUGUAACAUGGCGAAUUCGGACUUCGAGGGUCAUGCAGGCCAGGACGGAGAGAAUUUCCUGUACUUCGCGUACGGCAGCAACCUGCUGACGGAGAGGAUCCACCACCGAAACUCCUCGGCCGCGUUCUGCUGCGUGGCCUGCCUGCAGGAUUUUAAGCUUGACUUUGGCAAUUUCCAAGGCAAAACAAGUCAAAGGUGGCAUGGAGGUAUAGCUACCAUUUUUCAAAGUCCUGGCGAUGAAGUAUGGGGAGUAGUAUGGAAAAUGCACAAAAGCAAUUUAAGUUCUCUGGAUGACCAAGAAGGAGUUGAAAGUGGAACAUAUGUCGUAAUAGAAGUUAAAGUUUCAACGCAAGAAGGGAAACAAUUAACUUGUCGAAGUUAUCUGAUGACAAAUUAUGAGAGUGCUCCCCCGUCACCACAAUAUAAAAAAGUUAUUUGCCUGGGUGCAAAAGAAAAUGAUUUGCCACUGGAGUAUCAAGAGAAGUUAAAAGCAAUAGAACCAAAUGACUAUAAAGGAAAGGUCUCAGAAGAAAUGGAAGAAAUUCUCAACAAGGAAGAACAAAAACUCUGUAGAACAUAAUGGAAUAUGCCUAAGGAUAUUCUCUCUUUGUGCUAAUAUAAAAUAUUUUUAAUGUUUGAGAACAGGGAUUUGGGAUAUCUCCAUCUUUAUUCUAUUUUUGACAGUACUCUGAAGAGGAGUUUCACUUGGGUGAUUCCAUACUUUCAGACUAUGAAAAGAAGCUGGGUUAGGAGUUAGACAUUUAAAGAGGGAGCUGUGAGGCGCCAGGAUGCAUGACAAAUGGAUGUGGGUACACCUUCUGUGGACACAAGCUAUUUUAUUAAUUAAUUUAUUUUGGAGUUGCCCUUAAGGGUCUUCUUGGUCUGUGACAAAGGAUAGGUUUGCGGCCUGCUUGAUGAUGGUGCUGGUGAAUUGCUAGGUUUUUAUUUUAAUCAGCUUAGUAAGCAAGCUGCUGAGGCAGUUGAUAAUAAAAUUUUGAAAACUGGAAAGACUGUUCUCAGAGGAAUAAAUGUAUUUGUAGUUUAACCUA